GUUGAGAAUGCUGGGAGCCUUCCGUGAUGAUAAUCCUGGUGGCAGCCAGCAGCCAACUACGCUUUUGGUGACGGAAUUCGUUUCAGAUGGCGAACUCUUUAACCAGGUUUCCACAGGUCGUAUGGGCUCCGGCGAACCAGUGGUGCGAAGCGUCAUGUGGCAGCUGCUACACGGUGUCAACUAUCUCCACAAACAUCAAAUAGGUCAUAGAGACAUCUCGUUAGAGAAUGUUCUGAUAUCCUUCAACAGGGACGAGUUUCACGUUCGACUGAUGGAUUUUGGCCAAGCA